AUGUCUCUAAGAACCAGAAGCGCUACACGACCUAGAAGAAGCUCAACAAUCGCGGCAAAGGCUACCGUCAAGAAGACCGCCGAGAAGAAGAAGAAGAAGAAGAAGAAGAAGAAGAAGAAGAAGAAGAAGAAGAAGAAGAAGAAGAAGGCUGCCGCAAAGCCCAAGGGCAUUAGCAAGCGCGCGCCUUCGCCCCCGCUCCCCCGCCUCCUCCGGCCGCAGCCUUCGUCCCCGCUCCCACCCGGCACCACCAGGUGCACGGUAGAGUACACCUGGCUUUCGGCAAGAACAGCUAGUAUACUAUCAAGGACACCUCUGCAUGCGCAGGCGGCGUACGACAGUGAAACGAUGAUCAGGCAAACCAUGACUAGGGAAAGGGUAUUGAUUGACGAAAAGACCAUGGAUGGGGUAAUGGUGGUGGGCAAGGCAAAGACGGUGGACAAGGCAAAGGCGGUGGACAGGGCAAAGGCGGUGGACAGGGCAAAGGCGGUGGACAGGGCAAAGGCGGUGGACAGGGCAAAGGCGGUGGACAGGGCAAAGGCAGCCGAUGACUCGGCCAUCUCCGCACUCAAGUCGAGCCUGGUGGUGUGCCGUGGUGUGCCGUAG